AUGUCUAAAGAAGUGAGCGAAGAGGGACGAACCCACCACCAUGGCAAAGACUACGUUGACCCUCCACCAGCUCCUCUUCUUGACAUGGCAGAGCUUAAAAAGUGGUCUUUCUACAGAGCUCUCAUCGCCGAGUUUGUAGCUACACUCCUCUUCCUUUACGUCACUGUAGCCACCGUCAUUGGCCACAAGAAACAAACCGGUCCUUGUGACGGUGUUGGUUUACUCGGUAUCGCUUGGGCUUUCGGUGGUAUGAUCUUUGUCCUCGUUUACUGCACCGCCGGUAUCUCCGGUGGUCACAUUAACCCAGCUGUGACAUUUGGUCUGUUCUUGGCACGUAAGGUUUCUUUGGUGAGAGCUGUUGGUUACAUGAUAGCUCAGUGUCUUGGAGCCAUUUGCGGUGUUGGUUUCGUUAAAGCUUUCAUGAAAACUCCUUACAACACUCUUGGAGGUGGAGCUAACAUGGUAGCUGACGGUUAUAGUAACGGAACUGCUCUAGGAGCUGAGAUUAUUGGAACUUUUGUCCUUGUUUACACCGUUUUCUCUGCAACUGACCCCAAGAGGAGCGCCCGUGACUCUCACAUCCCCGUCUUGGCUCCACUACCUAUUGGAUUCGCUGUGUUCAUGGUACAUUUGGCUACUAUCCCCAUUACUGGAACUGGAAUUAACCCAGCCAGAAGCUUUGGUGCUGCUGUUAUCUACAACAACGAGAAGGCUUGGGAUGACCAUUGGAUCUUCUGGGUCGGUCCAUUCGUGGGAGCACUAGCAGCAGCAGCUUACCAUCAAUACAUUUUGAGAGCUGCAGCAGUUAAGGCUUUGGCUUCAUUCCGAAGCAAUGCAACCAACUGAUGAUGAAGUUUGAAGAUCCCCACUUAGUGAUGAAGGCUUAAAUGUGAAGAAACAACUUAAAAUUUAUGUGCUUUUAUUUUUUUUUAUUAUUAUGUAUGAUUAUUUGUGUGUUUGUGAGAGAAAUUUAAGCUGGUUUAAUCAUGAAAUGGGUCUGUUAUCUCUUUUUUUUUUUUUUUUUUUCUUUUCGUUUAGUGCCCACAUUGUUAGUUUACUAUUUGUAGUUUAGUUUCGCUGCGUCAUUUCCCUUAGUUCUCCCUACAUCCAGUUAAUUUUGUGAUAUCAAACAAUCCAAACUCAAAAUCUAUUGUUCUUCACACUUUUAAUUAUGUAAAAAAAGAUGAUUAUA